AGGAUCAAGGAGGUCCCGGGGAGGGUCCCAGGGGGUCCUAGGUGUCCCAGAGGGUCCUAAGGGGUCUGAGGGUGUCCCCGGGGGUCCCAAGGGGGUCCCAGGGCAUCCUAGGUGUCCCAAGGGGGUCCCAGGGGGAUCUGAGGGUGUCCCAAGGGGCUCCCAGGGGCUCCUAG